CCGCCCUCACUCCAAAGAGAACAUCCGGUAAUCUCCAGUAACCAAUCAUAGCACGCCGCUCUUGACGUCACGGACCGCCCCCUUAAAGAUACAGGUGAGGUUUUGUCCCCCAACUCUAAAUAAAGUUGUUGUUUUUUUGAAUCGUUGGACACAGUUUCCCGAGGACCAGUGGAGUGACUGUCAGUAGCGGGGUUGAUCCUCCAGGGGGCGCUCUCAGUGAGGCUCUCAGUGUGGAGCGCAGCGCAGUGUGGGGAGUGACUGUCAGUGGCGGGGUUGAUCCUCCAGGGGGCGCUCUCAGUGAGGCUCUCAGUGUGGGAGCGCAGUGUGGGGAGUGACUGUCAGUGGCGGGGUUGAUCCUCCAGGGGGCGCUCUCAGUGAGGCUCUCAGUGAGGCUCUCAGUGUGGAGCGCAGUGUGGGGAGUGACUGUCAGUGGCGGGGUUGAUCCUCCAGGGGGCGCUCUCAGUGAGGCUCUCAGUGAGGCUCUCAGUGUGGAGCGCAGUGUGUGGAGUUUUUGGUAUUGUGCAAUGACAGAGGAUGCGGAACUAUGUGAGUAUCCGGGCUGGGAGCUGGGGAGCUGCUCACCGGGUCCAUUACUAGCUGGAACAGACUAUUGGCAGUUUCAACUGGUGGGAGAGUCCCUGCCCUGCAUACCAGGAGUACAGCUCAGUGUACCUACCCUCACCCUCACUGUGUCUGCCAGGGGUACAGCUGGUAAGUGACUGUCAGUGUACCUACCCUCACCCUCACUGUGUCUGCCAGGGGUACAGCUCAGUGUACCUACCCUCACCCUCGCUUUGACUGGCAGGGGUACAGCUCGGUGUACCUACCCUCACCCUCGCUGUGACUGCCAGGGGUACAGCUGGUAAGUGACUGUCAGUGUACCUACCCUCACCCUCACUGUGUCUGCCAGGGGUACAGCUGGUAAGUGACUGUCAGUGUACCUACCCUCACCCUCACUGUGUCUGCCAGGGGUACAGCUGGUAAGUGACUGUCAGUGUACCUACCCUCACCCUCGCUGUGUCUGCCAGGGGUACAGCUCGGUGUACCUACCCUCACCCUCGCUGUGACUGGCAGGGGUACAGCUCGGUGUACCUACCCUCACCCUCGCUGUGACUGGCAGGGGUACAGCUCGGUGUACCUACCCUCACCCUCGCUGUGUCUGCCAGGGGUACAGCUCGGUGUACCUACCCUCACCCUCGCUGUGACUGCCAGGGGUACAGCUCGGUGUACCUACCCUCACCCUCGCUGUGACUGCCAGGGGUACAGCUCGGUGUACCUACCCUCACCCUCGCUGUGACUGCCAGGGGUACAGCUCUGUGUACCUACCCUCACCCUCGCUGUGACUGCCAGGGGUACAGCUCGGUGUACCUACCCUCACCCUCGCUGUGACUGGCAGGGGUACAGCUCGGUGUACCUACCCUCACCCUCGCUGUGUCUGCCAGGGGUACAGCUCGGUGUACCUACCCUCACCCUCGCUGUGACUGCCAGGGGUACAGCUCGGUGCACCUACCCUCACCCUCGCUGUGUCUGCCAGGGGUACAGCUCGGUGCACCUACCCUCACCCUCACUGUGACUGCCAGGGGUACAGCUCGGUGCACCUACCCUCACCCUCACUGUGUCUGCCAGGGGUACAGCUCGGUGCAACUACCCUCACCCUCACUGUGACUGCCAGGGGUACAGCUCGGUGUACCUACCCUCACCCUCACUGUGACUGCCAGGGGUACAGCUCGGUGCACCUACCCUCACCCUCACUGUGACUGCCAGGGGUACAGCUCGGUGCACCUACCCUCACCCUCACUGUGACUGCCAGGGGUACAGCUCGGUGCACCUACCCUCACCCUCACUGUGACUGCCAGGGGUACAGCUCGGUGCACCUACCCUCACCCUCACUGUGUCUGCCAGGGGUACAGGUCGGUGUAACUACCCUCACCCUCACUGUGACUGCCAGCGGUACAGCUCGGUGUACCUACCCUCACUGUGACUGCCAGGGGUACAGCUCGGUGUACCUGCCCUCACCCUCACUGUGACUGCCAGGGGUACAGCUCGGUGUAACUACCCUCACCCUCACUGUGACUGCCAGGGGUACAGCUCGGUGUACCUACCCUCACCCUCACUGUGACUGCCAGGGGUACAGCUCGGUGUAACUACCCUCACCCUCACUGUGACUGCCAGGGGUACAACUCGGUGUAACUACCCUCACCCUCACUGUGACUGCCAGGGGUACAGCUCGGUGUAACUACCCUCACCCUCACUGUGACUGCCAGGGGUACAGCUCGGUGUACCUACCCUCACUGUGACUGCCAGGGGUACAGCUCGGUGUAACUACCCUCACCCUCACUGUGACUGCCAGGGGUACAGCUGGUAAGUGACUGUCAGUAUACCUACCCUCACUGUGACUGCCAGGGUACAGCUGGUAAGUGACUGUCAGUGUACCUACCCUCACCCUCACUGUGACUGCCAGGGGUACAGCUCAGUCUACCUACCCUCACCCUCACUGUGACUGCCAGGGGUACAGCUGGUAAGUGACUGUCAGUGUACCUACUCUCACUGUGACUGCCAGGGUACAGCUGGUAAGUGACUGUCAGUGUACAUACCCUCACUGUGUCUGCCAGGGUACAGCUGGUAAGUGACUGUCAGUGUACCUACCCUCACUGUGACUGGCAGGGUACUGCUGGUAAGUGACUGUCAGUCACCUACCCUCACUGUGACUGCCAGGGUACAGCUGGUAAGUGACUGUCAGUGUACCUACCCUCACUGUGUCUGCCAGGGGUACAGCUGGUAAGUGAUUAUCAGUCUACCUACCCUCACUGUGUCUGCCAGGGGUAUAGCUGGUAAGUGACUGUCAGUGUGCCUACCCUCACUGUGUCUGCCAGGGGUACAGCUGGUAAGUGACUGUCAGUGUACCUACCCUCACUGUGACUGCCAGGGGUACAGCUGGUAAGUGACUGUCAGUGUACCUACCCUCACUGUGACUGCCAGGGGUACAGCUGGUAAGUGACUGUCAGUGUACCUACCCUCACUGUGUCUGCCAGGGGUACAGCUGGUAAGUGACUGUCAGUGUACCUACCCUCAUUGUGUCUGCCAGGGGUACAGCUGGUAAGUGACUGUCAGUCUACCUACCCUCACUGUGUCUGCCAGGGGUACAGCUGGUAAGUGACUGUCAGUCUACCUACCCUCACUGUGACUGCCAGGGUACAGCUUUUAAGUGACUGUCAGUGUACCUACCCUCACUGUGACUGCCAGGGUACAGCUGGUAAGUGACUGUCAGUGUACCUACCCUCACUGUGACUGGCAGGGUACUGCUGGUAAGUGACUAUCAGUCUACCUACCCUCACUGUGACUGGCAGGGUACUGCUGGUAAGUGACUGUCAGUCUACCUACCCUUACUGUGUCUGCCAGGGGUACAGCUCAGUGUACCUACCCUCACCCUCACUGUGUCUGCCAGGGGUACAGCUCAGUGUACCUACCCUCACCCUCACUGUGACUGGCAGGGGUACAGCUCAGUGUACCUACCCUCACUGUGUCUGCCAGGGGUACAGCUCAGUGUACCUACCCUCACCCUCACUGUGACUGCCAGGGUACAGCUGGUAAGUGACUGUCAGUGUACCUACCCUCACUGUGUCGGCCAGGGGUACAGCUAGUAAGUGACUGUCAGUGUACCUACCCUCACUGUGACUGCCAGGGUACAGCUAGUAAGUGACUGUCAGUGUACCUACCCUCACUGUGACUGCCAGGGUACAGCUGGUAAGUGACUGUCAGUGUACCUACCCUCACUGUGACUGCCAGGGUACAGCUGGUAAGUGACUGUCAGUCACCUACCCUCACUGUGACUGCCAGGGUACAGCUGGUAAGUGACUGUCAGUGUACCUACCCUCACUGUGUCUGCCAGGGGUUCAGCUGGUAAGUGACUGUCAGUGUACCUACCCACACUGUGUCUGCCAGGGGUACAGCUGGUAAGUGACUAUCAGUCUACCUACCCUCACUGUGUCUGCCAGGAGUAUAGCUGGUAAGUGACUGUCAGUGUGCCUACCCUCACUGUGUCUGCCAGGGGUACAGCUGGUAAGUGACUGUCAGUGUACCUACCCUCACUGUGACUGCCAGGGGUACAGCUGGUAAGUGACUGUCAGUGUACCUACCCUCACUGUGACUGCCAGGGGUACAGCUGGUAAGUGACUGUCAGUGUACCUACCCUCACUGUGUCUGCCAGGGGUACAGCUGGUAAGUGACUGUCAGUGUACCUACCCUCACCCUCACUGUGACUGACAGGGGUACAGCUCAGUGUACCUACCCUCACCCUCACUGUGACUGCCAGGGGUACAGCUCAGUGUACCUACCCUCACCCUCACUGUGACUGCCAGGGGUACUGCUGGUAAGUGACUGUCAGUGUACCUACCCUCACCCUCACUGUGUCUGCCAGGGGUACAGCUGGUAAGUGACUGUCAGUCUACCUACCCUCACUGUGACUGCCAGGGUACAGCUUUUAAGUGACUGUCAGUGUACCUACCCUCACUGUGACUGCCAGGGUACAGCUGGUAAGUGACUGUCAGUGUACCUACCCUCACUGUGACUGGCAGGGUACUGCUGGUAAGUGACUGUCAGUGUACCUACCCUCACUGUGACUGGCAGGGUACUGCUGGUAAGUGACUGUCAGUCUACCUACCCUUACUGUGUCUGCCAGGGGUACAGCUCAGUGUACCUACCCUCACCCUCACUGUGUCUGCCAGGGGUACAGCUCAGUGUACCUACCCUCACCCUCACUGUGACUGGCAGGGGUACAGCUCAGUGUACCUACCCUCACCCUCACUGUGUCUGCCAGGGGUACAGCUCAGUGUACCUACCCUCACCUUCACUGUGACUGCCAGGGUACUGCUGGUAAGUGACUGUCAGUGUACCUACCCUCACUGUGUCGGCCAGGGGUACAGCUAGUAAGUGACUGUCAGUGUACCUACCCUCACUGUGACUGCCAGGGUACAGCUAGUAAGUGACUGUCAGUGUACCUACCCUCACUGUGACUGCCAGGGUACAGCUGGUAAGUGACUGUCAGUCUACCUACCCUCACUGUGUCUGCCAGGGGUACAGCUCAGUGUACCUACCCUCACCCUCACGGUGUCUGCCAGGGGUACAGCUGGUAAGUGACUGUCAGUGUAUCUACCCUCACUGUGUCUGCCAGGGGUACAGCUGGUAAGUGACUAUCAGUGUACCUACCCUCACUGUGUCUGCCAGGAGUACAGCUGGUAAGUGACUGUCAGUGUACCUACCCUCACUGUGUCUGCCAGGGGUACAGCUGGUAAGUGACUGUCAGUCUACUUACCCUCUCUGUGUCUGCCAGGGGUACAGCUGGUAAGUGACUGUCAGUGUACCUACCCUCACUGUGACUGCCAGGGGUACAGCUGGUAAGUGACUGUCAGUGUACCUACCCUCACUGUGUCUGCCAGGGGUACAGCUGGUAAGUGACUGUCAGUCUACUUACCCUCACUGUGUCUUCCAGGGGUACAGCUGGUAAGUGACUGUCAGUGUACCUACCCUCACUGUGACUGCCAGGGGUACAGCUGGUAAGUGACUGUCAGUGUACCUACCCUCAUUGUGUCUGCCAGGGGUACAGCUGGUAAGUGACUGUCAGUCUACCUACCCUCACUGUGUCUGCCAGGGGUACAGCUGGUAAGUGACUGUCAGUCUACCUACCCUCACUGUGUCUGCCAGGGGUACAGCUGGUAAGUGACUGUCAGUGUACCUACCCUCACCCUCACUGUGUCUGCCAGGGGUAGUGCUGGUAAGUGACUGCCAGGGGUACUUCUGGUAAGUGACUGUCAGUGUACCUACCCUCACUGUGACUGCCAGGGGUACAGCUGGUAAGUGACUGUCAGUGUACCUACCCUCACCCUCACUGUGUCUGCCUGGGGUACAGCUGGUAAGUGACUAUCAGUCUACCUACACUCACUGUGUCUGCCAGGGGUACAGCUGGUAAGUGACUGUCAGUGUACCUACCCUCACCCUCACUGUGUCUGCCAGGGGUACAGCUGGUAAGUGACUGUCAGUGUACCUACCCUCACUGUGUCUGCCAGGGGUAUAGCUGGUAAGUGACUGUCAGUGUACCUACCCUCACCCUCACUGUGUCUGCCAGGGGUACAGCUGGUAAGUGACUGUCAGUCUACCUACCCUCACUGUGUCUGCCAGGGGUACAGCUGGUAAGUGACUACCCUCACUGUGACUGCCAGGGGUACAGCUGGUAAGUGACUGUCAGUGUACCUACCCUCACCCUCACUGUGUCUGCCAGUGGUACAGCUGGUAAGUGACUGUCAGUCUACCUACCCUUAUUGUGACUGGCAGGGGUACAGCUGGUAAGUGACUGUACACAGUGUGGGUCAGGGAUAGCUGGGACCCCAGUUCAUAAUGGAUCUCAAAUAGUCUUCUGGUGACACUUCACUUAUUUGCUGUUACGUAGGGUUAGGUUUGCCAUAUAUUUUAUUCGCCAUCUUUUCUUAAGUCUAAUAAGUAUCAGAAUCCCCAUUUUUAUUCCAGGCUAAUAGUGUAUAGAAGAAAAUUGAUUUUGAGCUUUAAUCGAGUAUACGGACAAAUAUGUUUAUACCAUUUACUAGCAGUUUACCUAUUUACCUGAGUCAUUCUGUUCUAACCUUGAAUAGUGAAUUAUUUUAAAGAGCUGUUUUUUUGUGUCAAGUCAGGAUUGAGAGAUGAGCAAAGCUGUUACAACGUCAACUUAUGUUCGAAAUCUUAGCCUUGGAUUGAUAAGACAGCUGGCAGAUUUUAUGGACCCUCAAGACGGAUGGAAAACAAUAGCUACCGACAUAUGGAAACCUUCUGGUGAACCUAGAUACACACAGUUUCAUAUAAGGUAUUCAAAUAUAUGUCUUAUUUAAAGGGUUAUUCCAACCAUCAUGACCAUUUCAGUGAUUUGAAGUGGUCAUGGUGGUAGAAGCCAGUAUGUGCAGUGUUUGAAACACUGCACAUACUGAUAUAUUUUUAAUUGUGUUCUGAGGUAUAGUUGCUUCCCAUGAACUAUGUUCAUGGCUGCCUAAUGUCAAUUCUGCUCAUAAAUUAUGUCUGUUGUCAAUGUGCAAUGCACGCUGACAACAGACGUUAAAAUGUUCCCUUUGCAGGGAAUUCAGAGUGCCUGCAAAGGGAAGCUGCCUCUCCCCUCCCUCCCUGUGUGUGCCCCCUACCAUCUCCCUCUGUGCAACAUUGGCAUUAAAAAAAACCCACCUCAAUCCCCUCAUUGGCCUGGUUCUUUUUUUUGUUUUUUGUUUUUUCAGGUUUUACUAUGAAUUGAGAGCUAAUUGCAAAACGAUUCUUGUUGACCAUUUAAAUAUCUUCAUUGUGGACAGAAAGAUAUACAAAUGUUUUCUUGACAUAUGGUGGUAGUACAAAAGGGAUGUACUUUUCCCAUGGGACAAGCGUCUGCAAUUAAAAUAAUUAACAUAAAAGUUCCUCCCCCAAGAGAUAUGACACCAACCUGCCAUGGACCUUCCGUUCUCUUUCUAGUUCCAUCAGGAACGGACAGCAUCUGGAGUUUGUUGUGGUGAGGCAUAUGGGUUGCUGCCAGGGGGAUCUGGCCUGACAGCCUCCCGGGUGGAGAACUGAGUGGCCUGCGUGCAUCCUGCAGGUAUGUUUAACUUGCUUUAUGCCGAGUGCGGACACCGGUUGAGAAAGUAGGAGGUCUCUAGCGGCUGGAAAUCACUGCCCGAGCAAGACGCAUGCGCACAUCGGAGGUAAUGCGUUCCACUGGCGCUCGACCGCGCUACUGCGCAUGCAUGGUCGGAAUUCCCAGAAAUGGUGGGAAAUUUGAAGGUUUGCUGUCUAUUUAUGCUGUGCAGAUCCUGAUGACCGCAUGGAUGCUUGCCAGGAAGAAUCUCCCGUGUCAUCACCCCCCCCCAUACGGGUCAGAGGUUUUAGAGGUGAGAUAUUUCAGUCUCUAAUCUUUAAGAUCUCUGUGUCUAUCUUAAUCUUCUUACUUUUACAAACAAUAUUAUUAUUGCUUUAUGUUUUGCAAAUAUGUCUAGUCCUAUCUCUCCAGAUAUUAUGGAUAAAGACAAGGUGCCUGUUAUAAGCCGGUUAUAAAUUUUAACAUCUGAGUUGUAACAAAUGCUACACACCACUACUAGAUGGUACUAAAGGGAAAAUCUGCAAUCAGUGUUCAUCCUUAUUGCUGGAAAAGUCCAAGCAACAGGACAUGAAGUCAUUCUUGUCUUGGUUUCAAGACAAUCUGGCCCAGACAUUUGAGUCAUUCAAAGAUUUUGCAAAGUCUAAUGUUACAGCACCCAUUAAAGCUACAGCCAAACAGAGGCAAAAGCGGAAGAGAUCUUCUAAUUCAUAAUUGUCCUCGGGCGAAUGUUCUAUGUCUUCCUAUUCGGACAUUUCAGCGAUUCUUCUGUGACUGAAUUCGGUUUCCAUCAUGGAGAAUUGAGAAAGUUUAUUAAGGAAGUUAAUGUUGCCUUCUCUGAAGAGUCAUCAGAUCAGAGCUAGUAAAAAAAGACUUCUGGAACUUAUGUUCACAGAGUGGAAAAACACUGAAAAAAGGGCAUUUAUUUCCAGGCACUUCAAGAACAUCAUUAACCAGCACAAGUGGGAAGACUUGCCAGUCAUUCAUGUACAAGUUUCUCAGUUAUCUAAAAAGACUAUUAUACCGAUUGGAGAAGUUUCUGGACUUAAAGACCCUAUGGAUAAGAGGGCUGAUACGUCCAGCAUACAAGCAUGUCAGGAGCUUCAGUGGCUAAAGCGCAGUCUUAUUGGAUUCAGCCUGGCAGAAAACCAAGACAAAGAUCUUGCUUAUCUGUUCCACAAUUCAGGUCAUGGGCCUGACAUCUGUGGCCUGCAGGGCACUUUGGCUUAAAGCAUGGGCGUCAACAAAAAAUAAUUUUUUAUGUGUGUGUGUGUGUGUGUGUGUGUGUGUGUGUGUAUUUAUUUCUUUUUUGUUGAGAUAUAUAUAUAUAUAUAUAUAUAUAUAUAUAUAUAUAUAUAUAUAUAUAUAUAUAUAUAUAUAUAUAUAUAUAUAUAUAGGCUGCAAAAUAAAAAAUAGACGUUUCGGUCCGCACAGGGACCUUCCUCAGGAUCAAGUGAUAUCACUUGAUCCUGAGGAGGUCCCUGUGCGGACCGAAACGUCUUUUUUUUUUUUUCUACUUGUUUGAUGAAAUAAAUACUAUUAAAUUCAAAAGUCCGUGAGUGCAGCCUGCAUUUUCCACUUAUCUACAGUAACAUCCCUAAUAGGACUGGCACCCGGCAUGCCUAUUGGCAAAGCAGAAGUAUUUUUAUAUAUAAUAUAAAAUACAAAAAGGUUCCUUGCACUCACGCUGUCCUUAGUAAGCCAGCUGGCUGGAUCACAUACAUUGUCAAAAAAUGAUGGCUGCACUCCACGGUCUUCUUUUAAAAUCCAAAUUGCUUUAUUAGAUAUGCAUUAAAAGAACGAUCAACGUUUCAGCCCCACUCUGGGCUUUCUUCAGGAUCGGGAAAAUACAAUUAUUAUCCCGAAGAAAGCCCAGAGUGGGCCUCAAAGUCUACACUUUGUGAACUUCCUUUGGAGAGGAAGAAAUUAUUUGGGUCUCAUUUAGAAGAAUUAAUGCAACAGAUGUCAGAAACAAAAAAAAAUGCUUCUUCAGGACAGGAAGUAUUCCUAGAAGCCAGGGUACAAAAACUUCCAAUACAAGAACCGCAGGGGGUAUCAAGAAAAACCCAGGUUUUUUUUCGUCAACAAAGGAAAGAUCCAUGGUUUGACGCACAUAAAGACAUCAAGACUGACUGGGCAAAAAGGUUCUGACGCCAUAAGAGUUGGUGGACGGAUACAAUAAUUUGCUCACAGCUGGAGAGAGACCACUGCAAAUCCAUGGAUUUUGAAUCUGGUUGCAAGAGGAUACAAAAUAAAGUUCUUAGAUGUACCAAGACCAAAUGUCCUUGUCUCCUCAUACCGUUCAAAGCUAAAAAAAUCAAGCUCUUUUCUCCGCUACGGUUACUCUUUUAAAAAAAGGUGUUCUAGAAAGAGUUCCAAAAGACCAGUUAUAUAAAGGUGUCUACUCUCAGUUGUUCCUAGUCCCAAGACUGGAUAUGUCCUUUCAUCCCAUUUUGGAUCUGAAAGAAUUAAACAAUAUUCCAUACCAGCAUUUCAGAAUGGAGACCAUCGCUUCAGUCACUCAUCUCCUUUAAAAAGGAGAUUUUAUGGCAAGUUUGGGUUUAAAAGAUCUACACAAUCCUAUGGAUGUUGGCUCAAGAAAGUUCCUGGAUUUGCCAUAAGAAAGGGGCACAAGGUUCAUCACUUCCAAUUAAAAGCCCUUCCCUUCGGUCUUGCCUCCGCUCCCAGGAUUUUUACGAAGGUUCUCACGCCUAUCACAGAAUUCUUAAGGGUAAAAGGUAUUACAGUACUUGGACGACUGGUUCAUGAAAGCAAAUUCAAGAGACGCUCUAGAGAUGGAUGUGGCUUACACCCUCAAAAUCCUACAAGAAUAUGGUUGGGUUAUAAACCUAGAAAAAUCUCAUCUGCACCCUACAAGGUCAAUUCAGUUUCUAGGUUUUUUUUAAUCAAGUCAGACACUCUUGCUAUUCACCUGACUGCGGGGAAAAAGCAGACAGAUAAAGCAGCUGACAAAAGAACUUCAGAGAGUACCAGAAUGCUCUGUGAGAAAGGCUAUGCAGGUGUUGGGACACGUCACUUCCACUAUUCCAGCAGUAAAAUGGGCCAAAGCAGCAUCAAGGCCUUUGCAGUGGGAAAUCCUGACAAAGUAGUCAAAGAAAGAGGAAAAUUUGGAUUCUUGGAUAAGCAUUUCAGAUCCUGUAAGAAGACAACUAGAUUGGUGGCAAAAGACCGGUUUCAUUUCAGAAGGUCUAUCAUUUCGGCCAAAACAAUGGGUCAUAAUCACCACAGACUCUUCGAAUACAGGUUGGGGUGCACACCUGCAGUAUCACUUAAGGCAUAUGGUCCAAAGAUUAAAAAAAAAAAAGGGAAUCCUCAAAUUACAAGGAAUUGUUAACCGUUUUAUAUGCUCUUCAUCAGUUCAGACCUCAGCGGUAAGAAUUCAGUCAGACAACCAGACAAUGGUAGCUUACCUGAAUGAACAAGGGUAAGAAAAUUGCACACCCUUUGCACACGGAUUAUGUCCUGGGCUCAAAAUCAUCUAGAAGAACAAUCAGCUAUUCAUAUAAGAGGAAUAGACAACAUUAUAGCGGAUGACUUAAGCAGAUCAAGAUGGACCCAGCAUGAGUGGUCUCUAAAUCUGGUCAUUUUUUAUCAGCUGGUAAAGAUCUUCGGCCUGCUUGUCAUAGAUCUAAUGGUGAGAAGGUCGAAUACAAAGGUGCAAACAUUUGACUCCCUCUUCAAGGCAGACAUGCCUCUGGUUCUGGAUGGGCUGUCAAUCAAGUGGGACUUUAGCCUUGCAUACAUAUUUCCCCCGGUGAGCCUAAUUCCAAGAAUUUUGCAGAAGGUAAAAACAGAACACUCUAUGAUACUGGCCAUAUUCCCAUACUGGCCAAAUCAGAGCUGGUUCUCGGUUUUAAUGUCGAUGGUUUUGAAGUACUGGGAACUAGUGAUGUUGCAAACUUCCCGCGAACGGCUCGCCGCGGUUCGCCACGAACCGUUCGCGAGCUCCGGUCAGCUGACACAUCCCGGCCAAUCUCCAGCAGACCCUCCCACCUCCUGGACAGCAUCCAUGUUGAAGGCAGCGGGAAGUUCGCAAACGGUUCACGACAUCUCUACUGGGAACUUCCAGUUUCAACAGAGCUCCUGGAGAACAAAGGGAUUCCAGUGGAGGUAUUGACAAUGUUCAAAUUGACGGUUUGGCUGCUGCACGGCUAAUCCUGCAUAACAGAUUAAAGAUUCUUAUGAGAUCUACCUCUGCUAUACAUUUGAAAAUUUGGACGAAAUUCCUUAUCUCGCCAUUGCCUAAGAGCUUCUCCUUCUACUGAUAUAAUCGUGCAUUUUCUACAAGACGGCCUUUAAUUUAAUUGGGUCUUAGUUUAUCUACCUUCAAAGUUCAAGUUUCUGCGCCCUUAUUUGGUUCAGAGCUUCGGAUCCUCUUGUUAGUAGAUUUUUGAAGGCUGUCAGAAUUACGAAACCUCCAAGAAAAGUGUUUGUUUUUUUUCCCUCCUGGGACCUGUCUUUGGUUUUGAAGUCUCUUUGUUCCAAACACUUUUUUGGUGGCCAUAACUUCUUCUAAGAGGGUAGGUGAAACUCAGGCCCUUUCAUCGUCUGCUGAUUUUACGAAGAUUCUUCCAGACAAGGUUGUGUUGUAUCUGAAACCUUCAUUCAAACCUUCAAGUCAUCUCAUUCAGGGCUAUCACUCAACCAAUUUUCUGCCUUCCUUUAGUUGUCCACCUGUCUCCGAUCUGGAUGAAAAUUGGCACAAGUUGGAUGUCUCAAGAUCUCUGAAAAUCUACCUAAACCGCUCCUCUGCUUACAGGAAGACUGACCAUCUUUUUGUAAAUUUCUUUAGAAAGUUUUAAGGUCAGGUUUUCGGUAAAAAAUGGGAAUAAUUGGAUUUUUUUGUAAUAAAUAAUGAAAACAAUUUUGUGAAAUUACUUCUUUAUUAUUCUUAGCGUUUUCCAAUAUACAUUUCAGUUCAGAAUUGAAUUGAAUAGUGGAAUCAUUUUUAAGAAUGGUAUAGGUUUUUUUAUCUCCUAAAAUAUUCAAGGAUUCCUGUAAAUAAUAUUCAAUUGUCAUUAAUACUAUACCUCCCACCUUGUCCGCCUCCUUAAUCACUAUGUCUGCCCUUUCCAUUAAGUUCUUUAGACGUGGUUCUUCUUUUUUACUGAGAUUAAAAUUACGUUGUAUUUUAUUGCUUUUGGUAAGGGUUUGAAACUCUUGAUCCACUAUACGUUCAAAUAUUUACAAGUAGGGGGCCUUUGCUUUGAAUAGGAAAGAAAUGUGAUUUAGGCUUACAUUUUUUACUUAAUCGUUCACCAUCAUCCAUGGUGUCAACUUUUGGUGAGGAGGGAUGUAAGAGGAAAUGCCUUUUAAUGGUCAUAGACCUAAUAUUUUUUUUUUAAUCUAUAAAAAGAUUGAAAUCAUUAGCCAUUUUGUUCAGGGGAAAUUUCAUGCCUUUUGACAAUAAAUUGAUUUCUUCUUCUGUUAAUGUUAUCCCCGUUAAAUAAAAAAUGCCCUUCUCUUUCUUUUUUCUCAAAGUAUGUUGUAUUGGAGGGUUUUCUCUUAAUCCUCCACCCGUAUCAUUUUCUGAGGGGAGCCCUGAUGUAAAAGGGAAAACCGGGUGGGAUGUUCCCAUGUAUGGGAUGGAAGUAGUUGGUGAUAACAUUUUAUUUUGGUCCUCUGGGUCUCCCUUGAAAAUUUGUCUCCUUAUCAUUAUACUGAGUAUUGACUCCAUUAAUGUCAGGUUUGUUUCUAACGACUUGGACAUAAGAACUAGUUUCCCUCUCUCUUUCUGGGGACAACCUUCUAGGUUGAUGUAGAUGUGAUCUUUCCUUGUUAGGUGUUUGGGAUAUCUUCAUCUUGUGAGUGCAUUAAUUUACAGCGCACACUUCUAAUUUAAAAUUGUAUUACACUAUAUUUUGUUUAUGUUCUUUUUUUAGAUUUAACAGCGGUAUCCCAUAUGUUUUUCUUGUUUGUACAUUGGUUAAUAUAAGAUCAUCUCCUGGGACGUGAUCUUUGGGGGGCUGUCCCUUUUGAUUCAAUAGAUAAGUAUAUUAUAUACUUUGUUAAUCACUACAUUCACAUUGUGUUGUUAGUUUGCUUUGUUUGCAUUAGACGUAUUCUCUGCCUCUGACGCUGCUUUCGGCCAUAAGGUGUUACAAGCGGUGGUUGCUUAAUUCCUGCCCAUAGCUCUGGGAUCUCGAUGUAUCCCUAUUGUACUGCCAGCAUACGUCAGGAAAAAAUGCAAUUUUACUCACCGUAAAUUCCUUUUUCUUAAUAUGGUGGCAGUACAUCACUCCCUCCCUUUAUUAAUAAAUGAGAUAUUUUUGCAGUAGUAGGUCUCUGAGGUUUUAUUGGGACGUAUGGAGGGUCCAUGGCAGUUUGGUGUCUUAUACCUAUUGGGGGGAGGAACUUUUAUGUAAUUUUUUUAAUUUCAGAUGCUUGUCCUAUGGUAAGAGUACAUCCCUAUCGUACUGCCACCAUAUUAAGGAAAAAAUUAUUCAUGGCGAGUAAAAUUUCAGUUUUCUCAUCUGGAUUUCUACUCCUUUUAGUAGUUUUCAAGGUGUCAGUUAAAGGUUUGGUGUAUACACACAUAUAUCUUUGCUAUUUAGCGUGUUUGUGUAUAUGUAUAAAUGUAUGAUUGCCAUAUAUACAUUUAGUUUAGGCUAUUGCUAAGUGCUGAUUUCUUCGCAUCCAAAGUGCAUUAUGCUAUGUGUAGUUUGCAACACAAGCCAUUUAUUUUCAUUUAAAAACUUGCAUGGCAUUUUUCCUUUUUUUUUUUUUUCUUGCUAGGAGAUUUGAAGGAAUCAUACAAAAGGGAAAAAGCCCUACUUGUGAAUUGCUAUGUGACUGGGGUACGACAAACUGUACCGUGGGAGAACUUACUGACUUGCUAGUAAAGCAUCAUUUUUUGGCUGCCGCUGCAUUACUUCUACCAGGUAUUCCUGAAUUCGUUGUUAAAUUUAUAUAGUCAGGUGCAAGCACAGAUCCUCUAGACAAGAGGUUAGAAAAGGUAUGUAUAAUUUUAAAAAAACUACCUCAGCUCCAAUAGCAUCAGUUUGAUAUUGUUAUAGGCUCUAGAAUCGAGAUGCAUCCAUAGAGUUCUAGGUUAGAUAACCAAUUACAAGCUGUGGGAUAUGCCAACCAUGUAUUAGACUCUUUUUAUGAUGGCAAUUAAAAGUAAAUCUUUUAUUUCUUUUUUUACUUUUAAAUGGAAAAAUCAUAUAAUCCACUGCUACUGGUAACUUAAAUUAUUUGACACCUAUGCAUUAGCAAUGUCCAUUUCAUCCAUAUUUGGAUGGCAUUGAUGGUCUUAGCUCUUCAGCUUAUGAGCAGGGUUUAGGCUGCAGGUGCAUUAGUAAACCUCAGUUUUGGUUAAACCAUUCAAAAAUAUUUUGACCCAGAAUUAGGUGCCGACAGCCACAGCUUAAUAGAAGUGUAUCCACAUGUGGUGGUUGUGGUGCUUAGAUUAGACUGUCCUUCACUUAGCUUUAUAUUUUUAUUUUCUUUAUAGAUUAUUCUAAUCCACAAGAUUUACUUAAAUCAGCUGUUUGUCAUGCUUUCUCUUCUAUUUAAAUUUGUUUUGUUCAACAUUGCCCUUUUUCUCACUCACAGAUCUAAUCACUAGCCCUUCCUAUUCUAAUUCCACACUGCCAAUAGGGGCUAAAAGUACAGAACCAUAUUCAGAACCUCAGAUUAAGAAGCAACAUACAGAACCAUAUUCAGAACCUCAGAUUAAGGAGGAAAAUGCAGAACCAUAUUCAGAACCUCAGCUUAAGAAGGAACAUGUAUCACCUGUCUGCGAAAGCACACAUCCAAAACAAAAUGAUGAUAACGGUAUUGAUCUAUUAACAAAUUAGAUUUUUACAAUGAAGCUGUGUUUAUUUCCUAAUAUAUAUCAUGCGAAGGGCAAGAUGCAUGGUUCUAUUCUGUAAUAAAUGUUUGUUUCUGUUCCAAGAAGAUGGUUAAGUAGUCUGAGAUCUCUUUAUCUUGUGGAUUCAGUGACAGCAUAAGGGAUACUGGGAUCUGAGAUCUGGAUUUGCUUUCAUUUUUAUUAUCUCCAUCCGUCUUUCUAUCAUUCUGCGCCCCGUUUUUUUGCUCUCUAUAUUAAUAUUUAUAUUCUAUUAUAUAUUUUUUUUUUACUUUUGUGACAGCUAACUUGUAUUCUAUAAUUGGUUGUAUAAUUUUGUUUUUGUUUGAAAUCCAGUGAAGAGACUGAGGAUGAGUAGUUUAAAGUAUAAUAGACCUCUUUUUAAAGUGUUACAAAAAAUGAAUCCACAAAGAUAGGCAGACCAAAAAUAUAUCCACAUAUCCACACUAUGGUGGGAGAAAAGAAGCACAUAUCGAAAAAAGCUUGACGCUUUUUCAACAGCUGUUGGUAAUUGUUGAGAAAGCGUCCAGCAGAGAUGCAAAACACGUCCAACUCUUUUCAUCAUGCAUUGCUUUCUUUUUUUCGCCCCCUUGUGCUGUCAUACCAUCCGUUAUAUUUACCUUGAGGGGUGUAGAGAUAAGCACCCAGAAGAGACCUUAUUUAUUCUUUGUUCAUUGAUACAGAUGUAUCAUUUAUUUUGUAAAAAUCUGUAUUUUACAUUGUGGAAGCGUCGUACUGGUUUCGUACUGUUGCAUUUACUUUUUAUUUCACCAUCCUUCUCCAUAAUCUCAGUAGACUCUAUUGUUUAAUUCAGUUGCUGGUGUUAUUACAAUUACAAUAUUUCAAGAUGGCAUGACAGUAGUAUGAUUUGUCCUGAUUGCACCAACUAGGGGUAACUAGAAGUCUUCGAUGUUAAAGUGAAGCAUGUUAUAUGUUCCAUGGUCUGGAACAUUCAUGCAAGCAAGAUCUAAAAUGAAUUCUGAGCAUUUUACAAUCAUCAGAUUAAUUUUUUUUUUAUAAAUAAGUGUCAUACUUUGCUGUACAUUAAGUUUCCCAUAUACAGUCUCUUUUCUAAAAUGAUAUAUAUUUUGUUUUAAGUCACAGGUUAUGGCAGUGUUUCGUUAACUGAGCUGCAGAGAAUCACCAACAAUUUUGACGAUCGACCUGUUGCCGAAGGAGGAAACAAAUUAGGAGAAGGAGGUUUUGGAGUUGUUUUCCAGGGGAAUCUAAAUGGCAAAAUGGUUGCUGUAAAAAAACUAACCGCUGUAAGUGUCCAAUAAUUGUUAUAGAACUAACCAAUGUUCGAAGCAUACAGUCUGUCCGUGGGGCAUUUGAGUAAGUGGUGGUGUUAUAGCUGCAGUGAUUUACUGUUUCUUUCCGUCUUCAAAUUGCUGCUCUCUUUAGGAAGUAGUGACAGGGUACCUACUUAGACCAUAACCUAUUUGAAGAGUACGUGAUAUUUUUAUGUUUUCACUUGCCCCUGUAAAAAUAUUCAAACUUUCCUUUUUAAUAAGUAAUUUUUUAUGUUCUAAAUGGCAUCAUUAAAGAACUGUAACUUGUGUUGUGUCUUUGUUUUUACAAAAGCUGCUUGAAGCCAGUAUCCAGGAACUAGAAGGUCAAUUUGAUCAAGAAAUAAAAACAAUGGCAAAGUAAGUAUUAAAGCUCAGUAUUGUAAGUAAAAUGCUAAAUAUCUCUGUAGUAAUUAUAUUUCAAGUGUUUAUGUUCUACAGUAAUAUUUCUCAUAAAAUCAAUGCAAAGGGAAAAUGUUAUACGCUAAUUUAGAUAUAGUCUGACCAAGUGAUAUAGUCUGACCAAGGUAUUUCUAAAUGGGGGCACUCUGCGAUAAUCUGCAGUAGAUGUUCUUAUAAUGAGGACCACUCUAGGCACCCAGACCACUUCAACUUAAUGAAGUGGUUUGGGUGCCAGGUCCAGCUAGGGUUAACACAUAUUUUUUUUUAUAAACAUAGCAGUUUCAGAGAAACUGCUAUGUUCAUAAAUGGGUACAUCCAGCCUCUAAAGCCUCUAGUGGCUGUCUCAUUGACAGCCGCUAGAGGUGCUUGCGUGAUUCUCACUGUGAAAAUCACAGUGAGAAGACGCUAGCGUCCAUAGGAAAGCAUUAUGAAUGCUUUCCUAUGAGACCGGCUGAAUGCACGCGCAGCCAGCCGAAAGGGAGGAGAGGAGGAGGAGGAUCGGAGGCGGAGAGCUCCCCGCCUGGCGCUGGAGAAAGGUAAGUUUUAACCCCUUUCCUCUACUCAGAGCCCAUCAAUACAAGUUAAAAGCAAUAGCGAGGGAAUCUUUCCUCCUCAGUUACAUAUUUCCAUCUCCUCUUGUUUAUUUAAAAGAACCCCCAUAUCUUCCUUAAUUAUAUAUUUUCAAAAGUCGGAUUUCUACCACUGCAGAACCACCUUACGUUUCUGUUCACUGGCAAGAUUUUAUUGUUUUCAAUGACGGCCUGCAGGUUAUUACAUGAUUUGUUAUUUGAUUUUAUUAGAUGCCAGCAUGAAAACAUUCUACAGCUACUGGGAUAUUCCAAUGAUGGCGGUCAUUACUGUCUGGUUUAUACAUAUAUGCCAAACGGUUCAUUACUGGAUCGUUUAGCUUGCUUGGUAAGUGUGAGUGAAUUCUUACCGUUUGUUUGCAUGUUGAUUCACAUUUGACUAAUCUAUGAAGUUUAUUUAUUUAUUUUAAAAGGGAAGCGACUCUGUUAUUUGUAUUUUUGGAAAUAAAUUAUUUCUAAAGGGUGUCAUGCUGCAGAUUAUUUACUAAAGUAAGAAUUGCUGGGAAUUCAAAGUGAAUUUUUCAUAUUGUGGGCUAAAUAGCUGAAUUCUAUAUUCAGUUGGGCUAUUUUAGCCUUAAAUUUUAAACUCACUUUGAAUUAACUAGAAUUUCCCACUUUACAGGAUUAUUCGCUAAAGUGGGAAUUCAAAGUUAAUUCAAAUCGGAUUUUAAAUUUAAGUCCAGAGUAGCUGACCUGAAAGCUUAGUCGAUCUGAUCUUAAAUAUGAAAUUCACUUUGAAUUCACGUUAAAUUCACACUUUACUGAAUAAUCCUGUAAAGUGCAAAAUGGUGAUUUUGAUAAAUCCAGCAACUGGCUGGAUUGUAUAGAGAAAAGCAUGUGUGUACUGGUUCCCAAACUCUGAAAUCAGUAGAGAAUAGUGGACAAAACUAUCUGUAGGAAGAGUCUAUCAGAAUUGCUCAGAAGAUUAAAAUAUUCGGCAGUUUUACUAUUCCUGUUUUCUCCACAUCCUUUGUAAUUUUUAUUUCAUAUUUAUUUGACAUAAAAGGUUUGGUAGUGGUUAAUUAUGACUCACUUUACUGAUCCUUUAAAAAAGAUUGUACCCGUUUAGUAAAAAAAAAAUAUUUAAAUUUUAGUUUUCGUAGCUUUAAAAAAAAAAAAAAUUAUGUUAAGCAGUGGAUUUGCUUCGAAACUGAUAGCUAGUAUCACUUCAGUGGGCUGUAUAAUGCAGCAUUUUAAGUGAUGCUACAGAAAAAGAAAAGUAAAAAGGAUAGCGCUAAAAAAAAUUAUAUAUAAAAAACUAUUAAUGCUACUAAAAGCUGCGCCUUAUAAGUGUAAUAACUCAAAAAACACCUUAACAAAAAAAGGUGCGCUAUAUCUUUAAACCUGAAAUAGUGAAUUAAUUCACUCUAAUAGUGCUAUAAUGAUUAUUAUAAAGUGCCACUUGUGCUGUGCAAUUGUGACAAUUGUUAUACAACAAAAUGUAUACAAAAGUGCAAUUUUUGUGUAAAGUGGAUCACACUUUACUCGCAUACAUAGUGAAUGCAGUAGUAACACAAUCAAUAUCGGUAUGCACAUGAAAAACAAUAAAAAAUAAAACACAUAUAGAGUAGUACUGUAGAAUACAAUAAUUUAUAAGUGCAGGUGUAAUGCAACUCACAAGCCAGAAGCACUUUUCUCCACCUUCAAUAUAAUGCAAGCAAACCGGUGGACCCAAUAUCGAUUGGACAGAGCAACCAGACCCAUCAAUCUUAAAAAUCCUUUAUUCUUUACCAAAUCAGAAGCAUAAUAGAAACACUGCUUUACUGCAGUUAAAAAUCACCUCCACCACUCAGUUUAUGAAAACGUUACUUAACUUAUAUUCCCAAACAAAUGUAAUACCAGAAAAUGGGGACCUGCGAGUCCUUCUACGAUGGGGCCUGCGAGCCGACUUGUUACCUUUUAUCAUAACAUACAAUGGAGACCUGCGCGUCUCAUCGAACAUUAAUAUAUGCAAAAUGAAUAAAAAUCAUUCACAAAAAAAAAAUCACCUCCACAACCUCUACUUGCUGUAUGACCCCAACAGCUUUUUGCAUUGGUUGCCAGUCUACAUGGCCAUAUCGUGCGGUCCGAGCUGCAGGAACACUUCCAGGAGAGGCGGGGCAAUGACAUCACUAACGUAAUGACGGUACACUCGAAAAACUUGUGCAUACAACUCUCACAGGCCUCACACGGAUUUCCAGUGCCAUGUCCAACUUGGCCGCAGUCUACAGUGUGCAUAUAUCUAUGCAAAGUGGAGGGUUAAAUUGUCUUGUAACUGUCCCCUCUUAGAGCCUUUGGUAUUGAAUCUCAACAGUUUAUGAACAAAUAAGAACUGGAUACAUCAGAAAAAAUGAAGACAGGAUGAGCAGUUUAUUAUUUUUUUAUUAUAUUUGACUCUCAAUUUCAGAAUGACACCCCCCCAUUGUCAUGGCACAUGAGAUGUAAUAUUGCACUUGGAACCGCGACUGGUUUAAAAUACUUACAUGAUAACGGCCAAGUCCACAGGGAUAUUAAAAGGUAAGUAAACUUGUACUAUUGCUUCCUAGAAGUAGAGAGAACAUUCGAUAAUUCUUAAAGGAUACCUUAAGCAGCUGAUCUCUUCCAAAAUCCAUACCUUGGACUUAUGGAAAGAUCUUGUAAUGCAAAAAACUGGGGGGUGGGGAGUCUAAAUGAAUAAGAUAUAGCUUCGGAAAAAUUGAAAGUAGAAAUUGAAGCUCAGAAACUUUGUGCUUAUUUUUUUCUCCAUUAAUAGUAACUUUGUAAUAAAAUCUGUGAAAUGUAUUUUGUGUCAUAUAAAAUUAUAUCAUAUAUCAAACACGCAUUUUAACAUCAUUACAUAGAUUUAGAUUUUCAGCUAUUUUUUUAUAUCUUUCAUUUUUAAAAAUUUUUUUUAAAUAUGUACCGGUACAGAAAUUAUCCCCUGAAGAGAAAAUAGUUUGUUUGUUGGUGGGAGAAUGGUGGUCCUGGACAAAAGUGGAUUAUAAAAGUGAAAGCACGUGAUUAUGCUAUGGUUUUAUUUAAUAUAUAUUUGCUUAUGUUAUCCCAGUGCAAAUAUUCUGUUAGAUGAUGCUUUUGUAUCCAAAAUAUCUGACUUUGGACUUGCACGGGCCACUGGCCAAUAUGCAAAGACUAUGAUGACAGAAAGAAUUGUUGGUACUACGGCUUACAUGGCCCCUGAAGCACUACGUGGAGAGGUCACAAUAAAGUCUGACAUUUUCAGCUUUGGAGUGGUGAGUAAAAGGAAUACAUUGUAUUUAUGACAUUUAUGGUUCUAUGUGUGAGAGUACACUGCUUGAAAUUGUCUGUGAACAUGUGACAUAUAGCUUUCUGAGUUGCAGAAGAGUGUUAGCUGUAGAACAAAGGUCCAAAAUAGGACUGCAUAAGUGUACUGCUAACUCUUUGACACUUAAUCAGUGUUUAAUUUAAGAAACAGUGGCUUUUUAAAACUCUGUUUUUAUCAUUUUAUAGGUAUUGCUAGAAAUAAUCUCUGGACUCCCACCAGUGGACGAAGAACGAAACCCACCAUUACUGGUAAAAUAUAUAUACAUUCAUACAAAAUACAGUACACUCACUCUUGGUGCAAGGUUUAAAUAGGUCCAUGCAAUGAGGCAAAGAUGGGUACCAAACCAAGAGAUUAGUCAUACUCUUAUAUAGAAUAUAGAACAGGAUGCACUCCCCUACAGAUAUAGAACACUCAAACUAUAUUUAACCCCUUAAGGACACAUGACAUGUGUGACAUGUCAUGAUUCCCUUUUAUUCCAGAAGUUUGGUCCUUAAGGGGUUAAAGCUAAAAUGGGAUUUUGGCGCUCUGUGGAAGCUGUCAGACUCCCAGGGUAGUUUGGGGGAUAAUCAGUCCCCAGAUUAGGUAGAUUGGGGUGUUGGGAGUCAGUUUGCUCAAGAAACUCCUGUGUCAGGCUAGGAGCUCUUGCAAUGUGCGUCCGGCAGACAUGAUGGUCAGGCCUCACCCCCUCCUCUGCCUCAUUAUUAUGUCUGUUUGUGCAUUGCAGUCAGAAGAAUUGCAUUUUGAGAAAGAUACUUAAUGGUUUAAUUAACUGCACUCAGCAUUUUGUAAAUUUUUAAACUACAUCAAUAGCUACCCAUUGAAUAUCUACCCAAUCUACCUAAUCUGUGUGAACCGUUUGUACCCACUCCUAAGUCCCUUGUAUUUUCGCUCAUAUAUUUCAUCCCUUCAUUGCUGCAGGGUGGGACCUCUCACAUGCUACUACUUCAAUUAGCAAGCAAAUCAGAGCCAGUUAUUUCCCAAAUAUAACUCAGCUAGACACAUACCUAUUAAAUGGUAUGUAUAUUAAUCUCAAGUGUUGUACUUUGUGUUUCCUAGCUUGACAUUAAAGAAGAAAUUGAAGAAGAGGAAAAGACCUUGGAGGAAUAUAUUGACACAAAGUUAGAAGAUGUGGAAUCCACUUCGUUAGAAAAAAUGUACAAAACAGCAAGUCAUUGCCUACACCAAAUGAAAAACAAAAGGCCAGAUAUUAGCACGGUAAAUGUUUUUUUUGUUGUUUUUUUUUAUACAUCAUAUAAAUUUAUUUAUUUAGAAUCUUGUGCUUUGUGAUGUGUUGAGUAUAUAAAUAUGUUAAAGAAUGUUGGAGAUCUCUACUCAGAGGGUUAUUGUUAUUAGAAUGGAAAUAGGAGAUGGCUUACAUUCUGCAAGUUAUAUUAUAUUAUAACCUGGUCAUCAGUCCAUCUAUCCAGUAAUAUAUUGAGAGACUGAGCUGUGAGAGAAAAAAAAAAAUCAAUAGCUAUAUAUUGGCCCAGCUAUAUAUCUUAUACUCCGUAUCAGUGGCCUCAACAAUAUCAGACCAGCAAUCUGUUUAAUAAUCCAGUAGUACAUCUUCAGAGACUAUAGACUAGUUAUGUCCCCAGUAGUCUAUAUUUAUUUCCUCAACCUGCCUUCAGUAGCCCGACAUCUGAAAGUAUUCAAACCAUGUGUCAAUUUGUCCGUGUCGGCAUCCUUAAACGUUGUCCAAAAGUCCAACGUUGGAGUUUAGGCUAAUCAUGUGACCAAUAAUCUGUAUCCACAUCCUAAAGCUGGCUGCUGUAGUCCAAUAUUGGAGACGACAAACCAUGUGAUCAGUAAUCUAUAUUAAUGUCACUGUCUCAAAUGAAGCUUGGCCAGGAAUGAUGGCUGUAGUGUAUUAAAACCUUAUUAAUGGUACUACUCAUUGAAAUCUUUCAAUUUCUUUUCACAGGUGCUGCACGACUUGAAAUGUAUAGUGAACACUCUUUCGUGUACUUAAAUUCUUUAAAGAUCUUAGUUAUGAUUUGUAUAGAUAUUUUUCUAAUAUGACUGUUUGGAAUUGUUGUUUUUUUUCUUCUAAAACCUAGCACUUUUUUUUAUAUCACCUAUACAAUUUCACAUCUGUGGCUUGUAUGAAAAGAAAGAAAUAAACAGGAAAUCUGUCCCAAUAUAUGAGGAAUCGAAAAAUAUUGAAUAAAAAAAAUAAAAUUAUUUAUUCAAUAUUUUUCGAUUCCUCAUAUAUUGGGACAGAUUUCCUGUUUAUUUCUGUUAUCCCCUUAUCUGAUCCCAUUCGAUUAUAUUGUACAAUUGUGGGGCUACCUUCUCUUAAACUAUUGUAUGAAAAGAAUAGUCUAUUUUCUUUUCUUUUUUACUCCCUUGAAACAUAAUAUAGCAUUUGAUACAUACAGUAUUGUAAAGAAUAAAGUGGAUAAAGGAAUGGCAUUGUCUAUAGUUGAUAUUUUUUAUCUAAGAGCAAGAUCACUGUGUUAAACUGUACUGGAAAUUUAGCAAUCUCGUAAUACCUGGUAAGCUAAAU